UGGGUUCCAGCUGGUGCUCCACUGGAUGCUCCGCCGGUGCCCCACGCCGCAGCACCGACGGCGAUGCUUUGGCGAUGCGACGUCCUAUCGCCUCGUGAACGCAGAGGGCGAUCUUCUGCCUGGCGUGCUGUGCGAUCGCUACGGCGACACGUUGUGUCUCCAGUUUACCGCUUUGGCCGCGGAAGAGCUGCUUCGUGAGGAGCUUUUGGCUGCUUUGGAGGAUCUUCUGUCGCCCAAGGCAAUCAUUCUGCGCUACGAUGUCCGAGAGGAUCGGCAGCUGGAGCAAGCUCAUGUGCGACCUCCCGAACUGGCACGCGGUGCUUCGCCAGGACUUUUGGAAGUCGAGACAGCUUCAGGGUUUGUGUUUACUGCAGAUCCACUGGAAGAGGGCUGGACGUCCGGAGCGUUCUUUGCGGAGCGUUCUUUGCGGAAGCUCCUCGCAGAAGCCUUGAGAAGUUCUCCAGAAGGACAAUCUUCAGCCGUUGGGGAGCGCAAAGGCAAAGCAAAAGGCCAGCCGCCAGUUCCACAGGUGUUGAGCCUCUUCGGCGAGAGCUCGGGGAUUUUCGCUGCUUGGAAGGGGGCCAAAGUGACUUGCGCUCUUCACAAGGGCGAAGGAGAGAAAGUGGCUCGAGCUGCCCGAGAGCUUUUAGCACGGAGGAACGGAUGUGAAGAGCACGUCACCUACUUCAGCCUGGGCACUGAGCCCCGCCUAGAUGAGCUGGGGACGUGCAGAGGGACAUUCGAUGUGGUGCUUUUGGAACCCCCUGCCCUGGCUCCGAGCUAUGGCAAAUUGGAGGAAGGAGAGAGGCUGUAUACAGCUUGGAUCGCUUUGGCCGCUGCAGCUUGUGUCCCCAAAGGGCUUCUCCUGGUGGCGUGCCGCAGCCGAACCAUGUCCGUCGUCAGGUUGAUGCGAUGUAUCAACAUGGGCGUGUGGUCCGCUGGCCUCCGAGCACGCGUGGUGCACCGCUCAGCACAUGCUGGGCUUGACAGCCCCAUCCACUUUGCUUUGCAAGACACCAACCAGUUUCAGUUGGUGGCUCUUCGACUUGCAGCCUUAUGACUCAUAUCAUAACUGUAAAUAGCACUGUAGUACAUAGUUACGAAGCUUUCGCGCAAGCAGGUUGUCAAAGACGUGUGAUUUGGCUUUGUGAAGGAGUGGCAUAGCAAUAUAAAGGUGCUGCCAAUGUGUCUCCCAUCAUUUUCUUGAGCAGAACCUUGGAGCGCUUGGAGGCUUUUUUGCUGUGUCGUGCUUGGCACGGCUCAACAUGUUUUGUGUUUCAUUUUUUGUUGACCAGAUGUUUCCCAAUCACGGCUUAAGACUCAUGAUUGCACAAUACCAGGCAUAUGUUUGCAACAUGACUGCUGUAGGAUCCUUAGGGUUUGUGUUGCGAGCUGUCCUACAAUUUCACCGAAUGAGAAGGGUGACAGUAGCGCAUGACAUCGCUGGGGCCAUGCGCCUGGUCUGCGCAUGUUUCGCCCGCAGCGCUGGGAGGGCAAGGACAAGGAAGACGGCGCAAAGCUCAUAGCAAAGAAGUGAGAAUGUGUCGUCCGUGUUACGCAGCAAAAAAGAACAGUUUGAGCCCACCUGGAGGAAGUUGCAAUUGAGACUGAAUAGGCUCGGAGGUCUAAGGGUGAAUAUCAACAUAGAUUCAUCGCAGGAGUUCUUUUAAUGAUGCCAAGCCGUCCGAGGUGCUACCCUCGGCCUUUUGAGAAGAAGAAGGAGCGACUGAGUUUUUGCACGCUGUAAAAUUCAGUGCAUUCCAGUGCCGAGAU